AUGGCUCCAGUAACACGUCUAAGUUUGAAAAAAGAAAAUCAUAAAAUAUCCAGUUCAACAGAUGAGAUCGAAGGUAUUAAUGAUAAAAAAUUAUUAAGAACUACAAAACACAAGAAAAUUACAACAAAAAAAACAAAACCACCUUCUUUACGUGUUCAAUUAAGUUCUAUGAAAGUGCCUGUACUCAAGAAUAUUCUUCGUUUUAAUCAUCAAAAUCCUUUUGGAAAUAAACCUGAUCUUCUUUCACGUAUUAUUUAUAUGGUUAAACAUGGUGCCUAUCCAAAAUGUCCAAAAUGUAUUAAAGGUCGAAUAAAACCACGUUUACAUCGUCGAAAAAAUCAAUCGAAAUAUUAUUGUCCAGGUUUUCCAAUUAAUUUUCGUGCUCCUAGUUCAUAUUAUCAAUGUGAUUAUGUAACAGAUGAAUGUGAAAAAGAAAAAUUUCGUUUUCCAUCUAAUUUAAAUAUAAAAAUAAAUGAAUAA